UCGCCUCACAGUGCUCUCCUCAGUCGUCUAAAGUCGGAGAGCUGACGACACGACACUUUUAUGAAUGAGCGAAAAGACUAAACUUUAGUUACUCGUCACUUGUUCCUUCACCCUAGAACCCAGAGUGAGUUCUCUUCCCCGGCCCAGAGAGGCACUGAGAUGCCCUCUGACUUCAUUUCACUGUUCGGCACGGAUAUCGACCUCACUUCUCCCAAGUCUCUUUACUCCAAAGAAUCAGUGUAUAAUCUUCUCCCCAAAGAGUUGCAGUUGCCCCCUUGUAUUGAGCGGAAAAUUGCAGCAAUGAGCCACAAAAGUGGAGGAGGGACAAGUUCCCCUCCAACAACCCUCGCUUCAGAUGCCUCCUCCAACACCUCUGCUGUGACCAAGGGAAGUGCCAGCAGUGCUUUUUCCACCUCUUCCAGCUUCACUGUGCACUCCUCGUUGGGCACAGAGCAGGAUGCGGGCACUCCAGGAGACGCGAGUAGCCGUAGGAAGGCUGAUGUGCUCUCCACGGAACCUAAACUAAUCAGGAGUUGUGGAGAUAAGGGAGGAGGAGGAGGAGGAGGAGGCUCUCAGCAUCAGCACCACCAUCAGAUGACACCUCCUAAACGACCGGUGCUGAACAUCUCGCCCCCGCCGGAGGACCUGUUUGACAACAGUCACAUGUCGGGAUGCCAGGACGAUGUGGAUUCGGAGCAGAGCAACAGCAUCUGGAUGGAAAACUCACUCUCCAACUUCAGCAUGAUGAGCUUCAGUUCUUACAACGACAACACGGAGGUUCCACGCAAGGCCCGCAAACGAACGCCACGUCAGAAGCCUGGACCGAAGCCGGUGCCUGCUGAAGAGGCCAGCAUGGAUGUGUUUGACGCAGACAGUGCUAAAGGUCCACACUUUGUGCUCUCCAAAUUUAGCUCGGAAAACAAGGCCAGUGGCAAAGCAAGUCCUGAUGGAAACCAGGCAUCCGGUCAUAAAGGUGGGAUAUUGUGUGCCCAGUACCCACUGAAAAGCGAAGGAAAGGAGCUGAAGAUCCUCGUCCAGCCCGAGAGUCAGCACAGAGCCCGGUAUUUGACUGAGGGCAGCCGGGGUUCUGUAAAAGACCGCACCCAGCAAGGCUUCCCUACUGUCAAGCUCGAGGGUGUGAAGGAGCCCGUCAUCCUGCAGGUGUUUGUGAGUAAUGACGCAGGCCGUGUGAAGCCUCAUGGAUUCUACCAGGCCUGUCGAGUAACCGGUCGAAACACUACCGCCUGUAGAGAAGUAGAUAUCGAGGGCACUACGGUCAUCGAAGUGUCUCUGGACCCAAGCAAUAACAUGACACUUGCCGUGGACUGUGUGGGCAUCCUGAAACUGAGGAAUGCAGAUGUGGAGGCUCGUAUCGGGUUAGCUGGAUCCAAGAAGAAAAGCACCCGUGCCAGAUUGGUGUUCCGGGUGAACAUCCCUCGAUCGGAUGGCUCUGUGCUCACGCUACAGGCACCGUCCUCUCCUAUACUGUGCACUCAACCUGCUGGAAUCCCUGAAAUCCUGAAAAAGAGUCUGCACAGCUGCUCAGUACGAGGAGGCAAGGAGGUGUUUAUCAUCGGAAAGAACUUUCUCAAGGGAACCAAAGUGAUCUUUCAAGAGAAAACCUCCGAUGAAAAGUCCUGGAGAGCAGAAGCUGAGAUCGACAUGGAGCUUUUCCAUCAGAAUCAUCUUAUUGUCAAAGUUCCUCCAUAUCAGAAUCUUGCCAUUACCUCUCCUGUGUCUGUUGGGAUCUAUGUGAUGACUAAUGCUGGACGUUGUCACGAUGUGCAACCAUUUACAUACACUCCAGAGCCAGUUAUGGAGGUACCUGUGAAGAAGGAGACCAUACCUCCAGGCAAAUCCUGUUCUUUGGAACAGAUAAAAGUAAUGGAAAGUGCCUUGCUUGUCCCCAUCUUGCCACUCGUGAAAACAGAAGAGGUGACUCCAAUGGAGGUCUCCAGUAACUCAGCAUCCUUUAAGACCUCGGAACUUUUGAACUCUGCCCAACAGACCCUCGAAAUGGGCAACAUUUCCACAAACAGCCCCGCAUUUGCAAACUCUGUAGCCUGUCAACCAGAAGAACAAGAGCAGCCUCAGAGUUCUGUUUUCCCCAACAAGGAAACAUUAAACAACAUUCAGAAACAAGACACCACCCCAAACAAUUCCUUCCACGUGUCUGGGAAAUCUCUGCUCCAGCAAGGGGCCCAGCAGUUCCUCAUAGACAGUGAGGGUCGAGCCCAGGAAAGGUCAGGAACCACAGCCGGUACGUUGGUGGGGCUUGCUCAGAUGGACGACAGCUCGGAGCACCAACUCUCUCUCCUGCCUCCAGAUGAGGUGGCGCAGCUGGAGCAGGCGGUGCGCCAGUUGCAAGCGAAGGGGUUCUGCAACAUCCAGCUUCAUUCAGAAGAUUCACUCGUCAAGAAGCAGCAGCAGCACCAGCUUCAACAGGAGCAAAUCCAGCAACAACAGUUACACCAGCAGCAGAUGCAGCAACAGCAGCAGCAGCAACAAGUUCUGGAGAACCUGCAACAUCAUCUUUUCCAUCCCCAGGUUUCAAUGCAGUGUAAUCAAGAGCAGCAAGGCUCUUCGCAGGCCAUGGUGGAAAACAAUAAUACACUCUUCCAGCAAGCAUCUCCACAGCAGCAACAGCAGCAGCAGCAAGCCGUCAUGUAUCACCAAGCAAAAGAUCUCAUCUCCAUUCAGUCGGGAUUUCUUCAGCAAGCAACCUCUCAUUCUUCUUCUCCCUUGUUUCACACCUCAAACACCUUAGCUGAGGCCCAAUCCCCUCAAGAGGCUCUUUUCCACACACAGAAGAGUUCACCCAUUCAAGAACAAGUCCAAGCCUCCAUUUUCCAGAACACCAUGAACGUUCUUGACGGGUCCAACAUGACCGCAGAACCUCAACACUCUGCAACUAGUAUGUUUCUCUCCCAGAAUGCCUUACCUGGUCAACUUGCAGGGAACAACAACCAGUCCCAGCAGCUAGCUUUCCUUAACUCUAUGCAGACAUCUGGCCUUGAACCACAAUCUGUGUUCCAAGCCACAAGCCAGCUGUCCUCCAUUCAACAGAGCACACCCAUGGAACAGCAAUCCCAACAACAGGCCUCGCAAACUUCAUCUGGCUCUCUGUUUCAGAGCAUCCAACAAUCGCCAAAUAACAAGCACCAGGCCGGGAUGCUCUACAACACCCUGAGCCCAGGGAUGUCUCCAGAACAGUCGCCGUCGAGCCUCAUAUUCACUAGUCAGCCUCCGAUGCCUUCAAUGAAUACCACAAGCCUGAUUUCUCCAGAACAGCAGAACCCAUCACUGUCCUACCCCCAGAACAGCUUGAUCGCCGUCAGGCAGGAAGUGCCAUCCGAGCCCAUGUCCUUCCAAGAUCAGAGCACUGUUGUGGAUAAUCACUCUGCGAGUAAGCAACAGCUGUUCCAGGAUCAACAGCCAAUGCAGCUUGCACAGAGUUCAGGCACUGGCUCUCAGCCUUCUGUGAAUCUCUUUAUAGCCCAGUCUGAUAUGCCAAGAAUGCCUCAUGCGUCACAGCAUGCCCCUCAGGAGGUGCUAUUUGCUGCACAGAGCAAUGUGGCUGGACUUCAGACCACCACCUCGUCACCGGUACAGCAACCUGGAUCCCUGUUCCAGACCACAGUGAAUGGAAGCCUCAGCCAGCCCAACCAGAACCAGCGACCGAACCUCUUCCUUUAUGAAAUACAGAAUGAGUGUGGUCAGAUGAUGAACUCCCAAGGAAGCACAAUCUCAAACCAGAUCAUUGCCAUUAGCCAGAACCAGAGAGAGACCGAAGGGGCGAUUUGUUCUUUACUCAACUCAUCCAUGAGCAAAUCCGGAAAUGUACAGAAUCCUCUCACUACCUCCCAGAACAUGGAGAAGAUCGAUGACCUCCUCGUGAGCCUCCAGGAGCAAAGCAACAGCCUCUCUCGCUCAUACUAAGGUUUUAUCGACCCUAGAGGUAUUUGGAAAACAGCGGCGGGAUCACGAUGUCUGUUGUGUGAAUGUACAGUUUUGUAUUUGGCAAGUCGAAACGUGAAUGUCACAGAGCUUGUGGUGUUCGUCUUCAGCUGUAAAUGAAGCAUAUCUAUCUUGUAAUAGAAACACUUUUUGUGAUAUUUUUUAGCAUAUCUUAUAAUAAACACUUGUGGGGUUUUUCCUCUUUUUUUUUUUUAGCAUAUCUUAUCAUAGAAGCACUUUUUGUGAUUUUUUUUUUUUUAAGUAGUUGCAUCAGCAACUAAGUACACAAAUAUUUGUAUGUGCACCUGUGACUGAUGCAAUAUUUAUAUUUAAAAGAAGAAACCCUAACUUUUAUAUUAAUCAAAUAAUAAGAAAUUCUUAGAAAAAGAGAAUUUUGUACUGUAUGUUUUUGCCCCAGUGUCAUGUUGGCAUUUAAUUUGCUAUUAGUCUCAACUAAAUUUAUUAUAUGACUGGUAAUUUGUCAUUUUCUGGUUACGUUUAAAUGUUCACGCUGUUCAUACUCGCAACCGCACCUCAAAACAAAGCGUCCGUUUGUACGUCGCUUAUGAAAAAUAAUAUACUUGUUGCUACUUCAUGAACUCGCUCAUGCUAUGUGGUGGAGUCGAUUGCUUGUUCGCGUCUGGAACGCUCGUGAUGAGCAGUGAAACUUUAUCGCCCUCUUCACUACCAACAAGGUGUUAUGGUGUCCUUUUUUUUUUUUUAAAAAUAUAAAAUUCUUGCCACCAUCAAGGACAUGCUGUUUAUUAUUAUGAAUUUAACCUUGUCCGCCUUGUAAAUAUAACUUUUACAUCAGCAUAUUAUCUUUAACAGUAGCAGAGGAUCAGUCAAGGCCUUGACUGCCUUUUACACUGAAAAAUCUGGCCAGUUUUAUGGCUCGGAAGGCUGAUGAUGGGAUAAAAAGGCUGCUAUGUCAUAAAUGAAAGUCGAAUAUCAUGCAAGUUUCCUGCCAAGCUUAUUGUAAAUCUGCCAAUUUUUUUUUCCUUUUACAGAAAUAUCAUCUGGCUAGCUGGUCAGAACGUUUUUUUUGUUUGUUUGUUUUUUCUUAUGAAUAUAUUUGCAUACAUUACAAGGGCCCUGCUCUGUGUAAUAUUUAAAGCAAUAGCUCAUUUGAGCUUAUACUGAGACUAUUCAGACCUCUGUAUCGGUAGAGGAGUGAUCUUUUAGAUCUUUAAAGAAGCCCUGUGUUAAGGGAAGAGCUGUGAACUUAACCUGGAGAAAGAGCUGUCUGUAAUUGGCCUUCGUCUCUCUACAGGACAGAUUUUGAAUUUGUCGUUUAUUUCCGUCAUUAAAUAUUUAUGUGGAUAUAUAGUUUCCGUAGUUUCUCUUUUGCCAGAUUUUGAAAAUUUGUAUCUUGUAUAAUUUAUAUCUCAAAAACAAAACAUUUUCACAUGGGAGGGGGAAAAAUGGCUUCUGCUGAAUUUGUUUUUAAAAUCUUUAAAAAAAAAAAAAAAAUCUCUACAUGUGACCAUCAAAUGUAAGGAGUAUGUAAAUUGUUUUGUUUGGUCAGUUUCGAAGUUUUAUUUCAGUCUAAUGAUGUACAGAGUUUGAUGUUUUAUUUUGGUUUUAUAAGCUUUCUGAAUUAACGGUUAACUUUUUUUUUUAAUUUAACUGCUGUAUUGAAAUAGAAAUGGAUAUCAUGGGAUUUUUUUCCCCUCUUUUUUUCCUUUUUUUUUUGUAUAAACCAAGAAAAUGUAACAAAAUAUAACAUUUAUGACCUCGUUUCACUUUGGACCAAUCACAUUUGACCCCUGUGAUUUAUAUAUAUUAUAUUUAAUGUAUAGAUAAAUAUGUACUGAAAUAUCUUUUUAUCUUUUAUUCAGAAUAUUUUCAGUCCACAUUUCACUUCAAGAAGCUAUGCAGUUAACCUCAGUACUCACAAUGGUUUUAAAUUAUUUCUUCCGGGUCUGAGUGGAGGGGUGGCAUACUUUCUCUCUCUCUCUCUCUCUCUCUCUCUCUCUCUCUCUCUUCCGUUACUUACAGCGAUGCUGGCCAAUCAUGGGUGUCUGUGAACUCAUGCAUACGGAAUUGGGUGGAGAGCGAUUUCCUCCAAGUGUGUUACGCCAUAAGCAGUGGCUCACAACAGAAGGACGCAUGUAAUGACCUUUGCCCUCUUUGAUUGAUUGGUUGGUAGCUGUUGUGUGAUAGGGGAGACCCAUCUGGUGGGUGGGAAUUGAAAAUUGAAGAAAAAAAAUUCUUCCUCAAGUAUUCACCUUUCUUUUUAACAGUUGGGAGCUGUAGCAUUUUUGUAAUUAGGUUUUUUUUUUUUUUUUGAGUUUGUUUUUCUUUACUUUCCGAUACUACUUGGGAUAUUGGUUGUACGUUCCUGCUUAAGGGGAAGAAAAACUCAGUUCUCAAAAGCCCGUUGCACAGCGUCACUGUGACCUGUAUGAUAUGAAAUGGUUUGUAAGUAAGAAGUAAACUACAUGCAGUGUGUACUGAGGGCCAACCCAGUGUGUGUUGGGAGUAAAAAUAUAUAUUUUAUUUGCUUUCUUUUAAAAAAAAAAUGCAGUCUACAUAAAUAUUUCAUUCAUCAUCAUUUAUUCAUUUGUCUUCUUGUAUUUUUUUCUGUAAGCUUGAUGUUAUCAAUAAACAUUAUUGAUAAAA